UAGAGACUUAACAUGCAAUUGCCCAUGCUGGUAAUAGAGUUAAAGGCGACUGGACGUGAAUGAAGAUGGGGGAACCCAGUUUGACAAGUUUUGUCCAGCCGCCCGCAAUCCCUCAGUCUGCCUGCAGAGUGGCAGCGGCGGAGGAACACCGGAAAAACGAAACAAUUUUACCGCCACAAUGCAGAAAUGAAAGUGAAAGGAUUUUAUUGAAAGGUAGCGGCUGUUUGGCUGUUGCUUGUCUUGUUCACCGACAACAGGCUACAUCUUUAUCAGAGACACGCCGACAUGUCUGCUGCCAGCAGUUUCCUCUCUGAAGAGCAGCUUCUGUGUUCCAUCUGUCUGGAUGUGUUCACCGAACCAGUCACCAUACCAUGUGGACACAACUUCUGCAAGAACUGCAUUACAUCCCACUGGAAUAUUAAUAUCCAAAGCUAUUGUCCCAUGUGUAAAGAUGCCUUUGACAGAAGGCCUGAGGUACGGGUCAAUACCAUCUUAUCUGAGGUGGCUGCUCAGUUCAGACAGUCAGCUAUAAAGAGAACUAUUAGCUGCUCAGUGCAAAAACGUGCCACCUCAGGAGAUGUUCUUUGUGAAGUCUGCACUAAAACCAAAAUGAAAGCCCUAAAGUCCUGUCUGGUGUGUUUGACCUCCUAUUGUGAGUCUCACCUGGAGCCUCAUUACAGAAUUCCAGGCCUGAAAAGACAUGAGCUGAUUGACCCUGUGGAGAACCUGGAAGACAGAAUGUGUAAGAGGCAUGAUAGACCCCUGGAGCUGUUCUGUAAGACAGAUCAGAUGUAUGUGUGCCGGCUGUGCAUCGCCACAGAUCACAAGAGACAUCACUUUUCUCCCCUGAAAAAGGAAUAUGAACAAAAGAAGGCUGCGCUGGCGGAGAAUGAAGCUAAAAUUCAUCAGAUGAUCCAGGAAAGACGAGUGAAGAUUCAGCAGAUCAAACAGUCGGUGAAGCUCAGUAGGGAAGAUGCAGACAGAGAGACAGCAGUCAGUGUGCAGGUCUUCACUGCUCUCAUCCAGUCUGUUGAGAGGAGUCUUGCUCAGCUCACCGAUGUGAUUGAAGAGACACACAAAACAACAGAGAAACAGGCUGAAGUCCUCGUUCAAGAGCUGGAAGAGGAAAUCUCUGAGUUGACGAACAGAAGUGCUGAAGUGGAGCAGCUCUCACGCACUGAAGACCAUCUCCAGUUCCUCCAAAGCUUCCCAUCCCUGAACCCUGUUCCACCCACCAAAGACUGGACAAAGGUCAGAGUGCGCUCGUCUUAUGAGGGGGCUGUGAGGAGAGCUGUGGCUCAGCUGGAGGAGGCACUCAGUAAAGACGUGGGGAAGAUGUGUGCUGAUAUUAAGCUGAAGAAGGCUCAACAGUAUAUGGUGGAUGUGACUCUUGAUCCUGAUACAGCAAGUCCAUAUCUCAUCCUGUCUGAGGAUGGGAAACAAGUCAAGUGUGAUGAGAUUCAAAAGAGUGUCUCUGACAACCCAAAGAGAUUUUCUGUUUGUAAUGCUGUUUUAGGAAGUCAGAGUUUCUCCUUAGGCAGAUUUUAUUAUGAAGUUGACGUUACAGGGAAGACUGACUGGGAUGUAGGAGUGGCCAGUGAAUCGGUCAUGAGGAAGGGAAAAAUCAGAUUGUCCCCUAAGAAUGGCUACUGGACUGUUUGGUUAAGAAAGGGAACUGAGUACAAAGCUCUUGCUGGCCCAGGUGUCUUACUCUCUCUGAAGUCAAAGCCUCAGAAGGUGGGAGUGUUUGUGGAUUAUGACGAGGGUCUGAUCUCAUUUUAUGAUGCAGAUACAGCAGCUCUCAUCUACUCCUUUACUGGCUGUAACUUCACUGAGAAACUCUACCCAUACUUUAGUCUCUGUGGUAUAGAAGGUGGCAAAAACACUGCCCCUCUGAUCCUGUGUUAUACAAAUUGAACUUAUCCUUUGAUUUCCUAUUAAAAUAUCCACGGGCAUUAAAGGAAUACUUCUCAAUGUAGUUAUAGCGAUCCAAAGCUGAAGUAUAAUUCUAAUCUUACUGACAGUCAAAGAAAGAUCCAGAAGCAGGGGAAAAGGGUACCUUAACUGCAUUUUGUAGGUUUGGUGUUCUGAUUAUCAGUAAUCAAGGACACCAAUAACAUUCUUUAGAAUUGAUAUACAUUUACAGUAGAAAUUAAAAUCUUAGUCUCAAAAUGUCGAAUAACCAGUGAUUUAAAGUACCUUUUUUAUUAUUAUUUUAUUUUAGUUCCGUGCUACUACUACACUUCUACAGGCAAAUAUUAUAUAUUUUACACCACUGUUUGUUUGAUAACUUAAGGUACCCAUUACUUUGCACAUUCAGAUUAUUCAGUACUGAUAGGAGUUUAGUCAGGUGUAGGUAGGUGGAGAGAGCUAACAGUAUGUGGCUAGUUAGCAAGAGUCCAAGUAUAACCGGUUAGCUCAGUGCCACAGUGCUGUGCUUGCCUUGUGUUUUGUUGGGAUGGACUAGUGUGACUAGUGGGACUACUGCUUUGGCUGAUGUCCACAAGAGAGAACUCUCAUCAGUAACGAGUUGCUGCUGAUUAUGUUGUCUAAAGUUACUUAACAAGCUACAAUACAUAUCAAUACUAAUAUGCUCCCACUUUGAAGUAUGGGCUCGAUUGACUCCUGCUGAGUCAAGAGUGACACCUAAUGGUAAAAUUUGGUAUGCUGGUUUUGUCCAGUGUUCCUUUACACAAAGCAGGCUUGAAAAUUUACAACGACUGACAUAAGAGAGUGCUGACCACAGAGAUGAUCUGCAUCAGAGCCAAAGUAGCACAUUUUUCAAUUAAUUAAUUUUGUUGCCAAUCGCACAAAAGGUUGAUAAUCCCCCUGCUUAUCCCUAAUCAUUAUCAGUGGAUAAUUUUAAGGUCUAACCAUUUGUCUUGAAAUGCUUGUAUCAUGAAGGGUCACAACUUCAUUUGUUAAAGAAAUACAUUUAUAGGUUUAGGUUAUAAGUUUUGGGCUGAUGUUUUCCAGAGAAUCAUUGUUGUGACAAAAGCAUGGCCAAAGUUGACACUAUAAUAUGGUCCUGUCUACAUUGCCUUUUUAACAAUAUCAUAAGUGGCUUUACUUUUUGCUGUUGCCAAAAAGGUGAUUUUCACGAAAUGGAUACCGUAGUAUUGUGUUAUCCUUUUAACACUGGUUAAAUACCCUGAUGACAACUGCUAACUAGAAAGAGUUGAUUAAUGUUGGUGCUCUGGGGGAAAACAAAUGUGUUUGUCUGUAUACUGAAUGUCUCAUGUAAACAUUAUUUGAUGUGUAUUCAUUUCAGCAUAUUCAUUUUGUUUUUGUAUUGUUUAAUUUGUUGUCUGGAUUAGUAGGGUCACAGAGCUUUCAUAAAGAUGUAAAAGACAGCAUCAAAUUUACAGACUUGUCAAACGCAAGAUGGACAUGUUUAUAGUCUUACCUUGCCCAUCACCUCUAACAGUCAUGUUAUGCCAAAUGUGCCAAACUAUAAAAUAAUCCAGGUUGAUGUAUCUAUGAUGUGUAUAUGUAUGAGACAUACAAACCAGGACAGUAUUGGUAGAGAUCAUGGUGGGAGGUCUUUUCUUAGAGACAAGUGGAGGAGGCACCAAGUAAGAAGGUUGGGAAUCACUGACCUAUUGCAAACGCUAACCCCGACCAAUGACAGAGGCAUGCGACAGGAAACGCAUAGCAGGGGGGAAAACAUUAUUCAAAGGGAGAACAGACUUUGACACUAGACAGGCAGUCUAACAUACACAAUCUUGGGGCACAGGUACACAUUAAUGAAAUGCAUUUAAGGGAUUAUUAAUAUUUUUAGAUAUUUGUGUUAAUUCAGUCAAAAUGUCCAUGUUAUGUUAUGGUACUUGAGAGGGUUUUUUAAAUUUUUUUUAUAAUACUGUAUGCUGUCGUUGAGUAUGCCGGUUAACCGCAUGAUGGUCUUAUGUUCUUAUGACGUUCUCAAAUGUGAUGUAUAUAUACUUGGUUAUGGAUAGAAUUUUUCAUUUUUCAUUGUCUAGCAAGCUGGCCUGCUUGUCUUUUCUUGAGGUCUACAUUUGACAUUUUGUGUAAUUCAUAUCAUCAAAUGAAAUUAAAACACAAAUAGUGGAUGACAUGAGUGUUAAAAAUUGAUUUGUUGUUUGUUUUUCUAACUUUUGUCUAAGGAUCAAAUGCAUUAUGAUCAUUUUUUGAAAGAGCUAAAAUUUAACACAAAAAGAAUACUUGAUUUUUUGCUACCUGGUGGAUAAUGCGGAUGUUUCAUGAUGUCUGUAGAAGAAUGAAUAAAUAAAUGUUGAUUAGAUUCUAAACAAAUAAAUAAAUUUUA